AUGACGGGCACAAUAGGGCCCCUGUCCCCAGGUUAUUUGUGGCAGAGCCUGGGCUCCAGGACACAAAGCUCUGUCACUGUGGUCAUGGACAAACACAGUGGAAGCAAGCCCAGGUUGGGGCCACCACCCGUUCCACCCCCCAGACAUGUAGUCUCUUGUUCAGACUCUCCAGCUUGGGAGGAUGGUGCCCCCCACUCCUCUCCUCUGCCUGGCCAGAAGUCCUGGCGACAAAAGCACCUCUUCCAGAAGGACCAGGAGGAGGGAGAAGCUAAUGAGGAUGAAUAUGAACUGCCCCCCUGCGAGGCCCAGCCCAUCUCUCUAGCUCCUGCCCACCUUUCCCGCACUGAGAAGGAUUCUUUGUAUUUGGAUCUCCCUGGCCCUCUGGGCCCAACCUGGCCACCACCACCACCACAACCCUCAACGAAGAAGACAAGGCAGCAAAGCCUGAGGGAGCAUGUGAAGCCUGGACAACCCUCUGGGAGGCAAGAACUGGGUGCACCAGCCAAAGCGGUGCCAGACUCUCCAGAGAAACCCACUGAGGAUAUCUAUCUGGAAUGUGAGCCCAGUCCAGUCCCAGUGUUGACUCGGACUCCAAGUUCCCCAGGUCUGGUACCACCAGCCAUUGUGCCAAGGACAUCAAUAAUGCCCAGGGCCACCCUACGACCCCAAGAAGACAGAAAUGAUGACGGCCUGCUGCGUCAGCUGUGGUACGCUGGGAACUGUGACCGUCAUGCUGCCGAGAGUGCACUGCUACGAUUCCAAAAGGAUGGGGCCUACACUGUGCGCCCUAGCUCAGAGCCUCACGGCUCCCAGCCCCUCACCCUGGCAGUGCUUCUCCAUGGCCGGGUCUUCAACGUUCCCAUCCGGAGGCUGGAUGGUGGGCGCCAUUAUGCUCUGGGCCGGGAGGGCAGGAACCGCGAAGAGCUGUUCUCUUCAGUGGCCGCCAUGAUUGAGCACUACACACAGCACCCGCUGCCCCUGGUGGACAGACACAGUGGCAGCUUGCAGUUCACCUGCCUGCUCUUCCCCACUAAGCCCUGACAACACAGUGGAUGUGCACAGCUGCUUCUGACUCCAUAGUUUGCUCCUUGGGCUGUCUCCUCCUUUCCUCUGCCAGGUGUUUGCCCUUCCAGUCCUUCUCCACGCCCUGCCCCAGUCCCCACAGGCCCUUGUGGAGGCAUUAGUAUGAAUUGCCCAGAGACAGAACCCGUCCCCAAGAAGCCCUCCCUGGUGGCACAACAGGUUAAAGUGCAGCACUAUGAAGCUGUCU